GUGCAGCUGAGCCCAACCUAUCCACUGCAAAAUGAUUUUCUGCAAGUGCAGACAGAGGACGACGUAGGAGCUGUGCCACGCCCCGUGGGGCACGGCUGGAACUUGUAUGGCAUUCCUGGCGACAGCUCUUCGCCAAGUCGGUUCGUGCGACUCUUCUACCUGCGCGGCUAUGGAAUGAAGGCGAAUCCUCCCAAGAGCUUCGAAGAUGCGGUCGUCCUCGGAACUGCUCUCCUCAACAAUGUCUUCAUCCCGUUUGGCUCUGUGGCAGCAGAUCCCAGAUCUCCCGGAGACGGACCAGAGCUGACCGACUACGGCGUCUUGAAGUCUCCUCAG